CCAGUUACCUGGCACAUACCUGGAGAGAAGACCCGCGCCGAUCUGCACGGCGGAACGCCACCGUCAUAUUUGUCAUUGAUCAGAACGUGUGUGUGUGUUUUUGUUUUUGUUUUUCCUCGUGGUGUAUCACAAUAACCUGGCGCCUGACAUGGAUUCAGUCUCUUCCACCUGCCGGACCGAGGCUGCCGCCGGGACACUUUCCCCGAAGACGUCAGAAGAGGCGAGCUCUCCGGCUUCCUCCUCGGAGAGCGACGCGAAGGAUCUCUGCGAAGACAUGAGCAUUGAAGACACUCUGUUUGUUCCAACGGUCACUGCAAUUUCCUCUACCCCCGAUUUCCAGUGGAUGGUCCAGCCCACGAUUAUUACAUCUGCCUCCCCGUCUCCGGGCAGCAAGCAAGCCAAUGAUCCACAAAGCUCUCCCCAGGCGACACCCAAAGUGGGCGGGAAUAAGGGCAAAAAUGCUGUCAGGAAGGGAAAAGCGGAUCAGCUGUCUCCGGAGGAGGAGGAGAAAAAGAGGAUAAGGAGGGAGAGGAAUAAAAUGGCUGCAGCGAAAUGUCGCAACAGACGGAGGGAACUGACUGAUACGCUGCAAACUGAGACGGACGAGCUGGAGGAGGAAAAAGCUGCCCUGGAGACCGAGAUAGCCAACCUCCUCAAAGAGAAAGAACGGCUCGAAUUCAUCCUCGCCACGCACAGGCCGGCGUGCCCCAUGUCAGAAGAGCUGGAGUCCCUCUUCCAGGAGCCCGCCGGGUCCCCGGAGCAGCCGGCCGGUCCGGACGAGGGCCGCCUCCCGGAGGACGGUGCCCAGGAAGCGCCCUCGCUCCAGGACUUGGACGUCUCCAGCGAUCCGUCGGCGGCCAUCUCCGGGAACUCUGACAUCUUUCUGUGCGCCAGCGCCGAAAUCAACAUCUACGACCUGGAGCCCUCCCUGGACGUCAAGGACGGGCCGCUGGGAGGCAUGUCACCCGGUCCGGAGGAGAGAACCCCGAUGGAGACGGCUCGAUCCGUGCCGGACAUCGAUCUGAGCGGCUCCCUCGGGGUGUCGGACUGGGAGACCCUGUACAAGUCGGUCUCCGGCGACCUGGAGCCGCUCAGCACGCCGGUGGUGACCUCCACCCCGACCUGCGGCAGCUACCUGUCCGUGUUCACGUUCGCGUGUCCCGAGCUGGACUGUCUGUCAGAGGGGCUGGACGGUCAUAAAGGCGGCGGGGGCAAGGCCGACUCGGUGGACCUCCUCAACUCCCCGACUCUCCUGGCCUUAUAAUCGACAGAGGGAGGUGAUCUCUGUGAUUUUUGUUGUUGUUUUUUUCUGACUCUGAAAUGAUACGAAUGACAUGCGUCCCAGUUUGCUGCAAGGGACACACGCGUGCAAUGCCAUGUGUCUGUGACGAAUCCAGUGUGUGAACUUUUCUCCGGAUAGCCGACAGAGCGAUGUAGCAGAACGCAUGUCUUUUAACUUUGAAAGCGGGACUGAAGCAACUGUUGAUUUUCACAACGCAUGCUGAACAAUUCCAUAUAGUUCUAAAAGCUUACAUAUAUAUCUAUAUCUGAUCUGUCACUAGAUCGAAGAUGUAAUGUGGAAUUUGAUGUAUCGGUAUGGUUUUGUGUUAAUAGCGUAUUGAUUGCUGUAAAUGUUGUAUUUACGUAUCCAUGUUAAGUGCAUACCUCAAUAUCAUCAACUGUGGUUUGAUCUCGUCGAAAGUUUUCCAUGAAAACAUCCAGUGCUAUAUGCUAUAUAUCUUAUCAAGAUGUAACCUAUGAUUUAUUUUUUUACCUUUUCAGAAUUUAACUUAUUGUUGGAUUAAAAAAUAAGUAAAAAUGAGCAUUGAUUGCUUAUCUAUUCUGCUGAAUAAUUACAAUAAAUCUACAUUCAAAGUGGA